AUGAUUUCUCUAAAGUUUAAACAUGAAUUAAACAAAUUAGAGUGGACGUCCAAUGCCGCCGGUGUUAAAGUUCCCAGUAAAGUAUCCAGCCGUGCUAAAGCCUCCAGCCGUGCUAAAGUCUCCAGCCGUGCUAAAGUCUCCAGUAAAGUCUCCAGCAGUGCUAAAGCCUCCAGCCGUGCUAAAGUCUCCAGCCGUGCUAAAGUCUCCAGCCGUGCUAAAGUCUCCAGUAAAGUCUCCAGCAGUGCUAAAGUCUCCAGUAAAGUAUCCAGCCGUGCUAAAGCCUCCAGCCGUGCUAAAGUCUCCAGCCGUGCUAAAGUCUCCAGCCGUGCUAAAGUUCCCAGUAAAGUCUCCAGCAGUGCUAAAGUCUCCAGUAAAGUAUCCAGCCGUGCUAAAGCCUCCAGCCGUGCUAAAGUCUCCAGCCGUGCUAAAGUCUCCAGCCGUGCUAAAGUUCCCAGUAAAGUCUCCAGCAGUGCUAAAGUCUCCAGUAAAGUAUCCAGCCGUGCUAAAGUCUCCAGCCGUGCUAAAGUUCCCAGUAAAGUCUCCAGCCGUGCUAAAGUCCCCAGUAAAGUAUCCAGCCGUGCUAAAGUCCCCAGUAAAGUAUCCAGCCGUGCUAAAGUCUCCAGCCGUGCUAAAGUUCCCAGUAAAGUCUCCAGUAGUGCGAAAGUCUCCAGCCGUGCUAAAGUCUCCAGUAAAGUCUCCAGGCGUGCUAAAGUCUCCAGUAAAGUCUCCAGCCGUGCUAAAUCCCCAGUAAAGUCUCCAGCCGUGCUAAAGUCUCCAGCCGUGCUAAAGUCCCCAGUAAAGUCUCCAGCCGUGCUAAAGUCUCCAGCCGUGCUAAAGUCUCCAGUAAAGUCUCCAGCCGUGCUAAAGUCUCCAGCCGUGUUAAAGUCCCCAGUAAAGUCUCCAGCCGUGCUAAAGUCCCCAGUAAAGUCUCCAGCCGUGCUAAAGUCUCCAGCCGUGUUAAAGUCCCCAGUAAAGUCUCCAGCCGUGCUAAAGUCUCCAGCCGUGCUAAAGUCUCCAGCAGUUAAAGUAUCCAGCCGUGCUAAAGUCUCCAGCCGUGCUAAAGUCUCCAGUAAAGUCUCCAGGCGUGCUAAAGUCUCCAGUAACGUCUCCAGCCGUGCUAAAGUCUCCAGCCGUGUUAAAGUCCCCAGUAAAGUCUCCAGCCGUGCUAAAGUCCCCAGUAAAGUCUCCAGCCGUGCUAAAGUCUCCAGCCGUGUUAAAGUCCCCAGUAAAGUCUCCAGCCGUGCUAAAGUCCCCAGUAAAGUCUCCAGCCGUGCUAAAGUCUCCAGCCGUGUUAAAGUCCCCAGUAAAGUCUCCAGCCGUGCUAAAGUCUCCAGCCGUGCUAAAGUCUCCAGCCGUGCUAAAGUUCCCAGUAAAGUCUCCAGCAGUGCUAAAGUCUCCAGCCGUGCUAAAGUCUCCAGUAAAGUCUCCAGCCGUGCUAAAGUCUCCAGUAAAGUCUCCAGCCGUGCUAAAGUCUCCAGCCGUGUUAAAGUCCCCAGUAAAGUCUCCAGCCGUGCUAAAGUCCACAGUAAAGUCUCCAGCCGUGCUAAAGUCUCCAGCCGUGCUAAAGUCUCCAGUAAAGUCUCCAGCCGUGCUAAAGUCUCCGCCGUGUUAAAGUCCCCCAGUAAAGUCUCCAGUCGUGCUAAAGUCCCCAGUAAAGUCUCCAGCCGUGCUAAAGUCCCCAGUAAAGUCUCCAGCCGUGCUAAAGUCUCCAGCCGUGUUAAAGUCCCCAAAUGGGUCCACAAGCUGACCCAAGCUUUUAGGCAGGUAGAUGAACAUCAGUAUACUGAACCGUGGUGGUUUGUAGAUAAUGAGAUAAUUUGA